GUGCGCGCAUUCAGUUUGGCUAUUGAAGAAAAUCGGUCUCGAAAGAACUGACUGUCUCGAUCGUGCACGAGGGAUCUCAAAGCAUUGAUGAAAGACAGCGGCGGAGCAGCGCAAGCAGCGACUUGCCGACUGCGACAGCGGGACAGAGCGGCAAUUAAAUGUAAAACGACCGAUUUCACAGCGUUUUCGUAGUCCUUACAGCCCUGUUCCUAUCAUGAAUGAAUAGAUGACGAAGAGGAACCAGGGAAAGGAAGAGUGGAGGUUCGCUUCUCUCAUCACGCGGUGCCGGUGAAAGAGGGGUAACAUUGGUCAAAAACGUAAAAAGAGAAUAACCGCACCAUUAUCAGUCGCGUCUGUCUGUCGUGAGAUGACAAAGGUUCAUUGAAGCGGCGGAUCAUGUCUCAGAAGAAGAUAUUCCUGGUCAUUGUGGCGAUCAGUACCGUCAGUCUACUGCUGCACCAUGGGGGCCACUUCAGCUGGACGAUGGAAGCCCUUCACCUGGGCUGUCCGUCGCUGCGCACCCACCCGUCCUUCUCUCUCAAGCCCAAACACACCAACGUGGCCUUUCUCAAGACGCACAAGACGGCCAGCACCACCAUGCAGAAUCUGCUCUUCCGCUUCGCCGAGCACCACAACCUGACCGUGGCGCUCCCUGUGCAGGCCUGCGGACACCAGUUCUGCUACCCGCGCACCUUCAGCACCCACCUCGUCCACCCACACACCCUGCCACCCAACGUGGUCACCAGCCACAUGCGCUUCAACCAUGCCGAGAUGCAGCGCCUCAUGCCUAAUGAUACCAUCUACGUGACCAUACUUCGAGAACCAGGGUCCAUGUUUGAAUCGUUGUUCAGCUACUAUAACCAGUACUGUCAGAGUUUUAAGAGAGUUCCCAACGGGUCUCUGGAGGCGUUUCUGGACGAACCGUGGCGGUACUACCGUCCGGACGAGAAUGACUCCAUGUAUGCCCGUAACACUCUGACUUUUGACCUUGGCGGGGACAAGGACCAUCCGGAGGCGGACGUGGCUGCGUAUGCCCGGGCCUUCGUGGCCAAGACGGAGCGCGUCUUCUCCCUGGUGAUGAUCGCUGAGUACUUUGAUGAGUCGCUGAUCCUCCUCCGUCACCUCCUCUCCUGGGAUCUGGAAGACAUGCUCUAUGUCAAGCUCAACAUGCGGACGUCCGGCUCCAAGCACAGCCUCUCGCCGGGCCUCCCCGCCAAGAUCCGCGUCUGGAACAACCUGGAUGCACGCCUCUAUGACCACUUCAACACCUCGCUGUGGCACCAGCUGGCAGCCCUGGGCCCAGCAUGCGUGGCCAGGGAGCUGCGGCUGCUCCGCAGGGCCCAGGAGAAGCUGGUGAGGGGCUGCUUCGGCGGAGGGCUCCCCCAGCUCCGCUCGGCUGCCCAGAUCAAGAACAAGGAGCUGCGGCCGUGGCAGCCCAGUGCAAAGGUGGACAUCGUGGGCUAUGAUCUGCCGACCAACACCAAUGCUACACAGCCAGGAAGAAUGGCCCACGAGCUGUGUCUUAAGCUCAUCAUGCCCGAGGUCCAGUACACCAGGGUCCUGCUACGAUCACAGUCCCUACGCUACCGACGAAGCUACCCCCUCCGCUCCCCUCAGCCCCAGCAGCCCAUACGGUCGGUCCUAUCACGUCGCCAACAUGUGGGGAUGCAGCCGAUGCACCGACAGGCCCCUCCUCCUGGACCUGGUCCUGCCUUGAGCCCCACAGCCACUCCUCGACCCCCAGGGACCCAGAGCAGGGCCACCAGGGUGGGACUAAGGUCCCCGGGCCCCCAGAGGAAGACACCAUAACUUAAGACUGGGCUCCAGCCUUUAAUAUAGAAUGAAUACAGACAGACAGACAGACAGACAGACAGACAGACAGACAGAUUGAAUACAGACAGACUAAAUGCAGACAGACAGUCCUCCACACUUAAAAAUGCUGGGUUGUUUGGUUAACCCAACUGCUGGGUUGCAGGCAUUGUGUCACUUAGAUAGAUGUUUUUAUUUCAAAAUUGCUGAGUUAUUGACGCUGGGUGCUGGGAAAUUGAGAUAUGACCCAGCGGGUCAGCUCAGAAAACUGGAGGCGUAGUUUAUUAUUAGGCGUGUCUUUCAGAUAGUUAUUUUUAGCCACCCAUGACAGUGAAUGUCAUUCCUGUUCAUCUGUUCUGUUUUAUAGUUAUCACAUGUUAAGGUUAAACAUUGACAUUUUUGUAGAUUCAAUAAGGAUUACAGAAGUGUAUGUGUUCCCUAAAAGCCUAUGGAAAUCCCAUUGUUGGGCUACAAUAAGGUGGUACAGUAUACUUUAUUACAAUAUGUAGUAAAUAAAUCUUAAUAUUAUAGAAGAAUGUGUAAAAUACAAAAACAAGUAAAGUUUGAAUUUGCUGUAUGUAACUUAACAUGGGUGGCCGAUAAGAUCUAGCUGAAAGGCACGCCCCUAAUAAGACACACUUCCUGAAAAUGACCAAAGGAUUAUAUUCAAAAGGACCCAGCAGCUAGGUAAACCCAGCAUGAGAGUAAAAUAUACCCAACACACGGUUGAAUUAACCUAUGUCUGGGUAAUCCCAACAACCCAACAUGUUAUUCACACAAGCCAACUGGCUGGUCAGAAUAACCCAAUGUGUUAAAUCCACUAUUUAAAUAGCACUGGGUUAAAUUGGCUUGUUUUUAGCCCAUAUAUUAAUAGGACGCAGACUUCAGCCAUUGGUUCCAAGGGACUCUUUCAGGAGUCUCUGGAGGAGAGAGGAAGAGAAGGGGGAAGGACACCACAAGACUGAGACUAGAGGUUGGGCCACAGCAAUAUGGGGAUGGGCAGAGCACUCCUAUUCAUCGUGAACUCUGUAUGGAACAAUAGAGAGCUUUUACUCUCUCUUUCUCGCUCACUCUCUCUUUCUCUCUCUAAUGCCAUCCUCCCCCUCCCAAGAGAGGAUCACUGCUCUGGGUCUGUAUCCUCCAACCCUCCAGCCAGGCCAGCUCUUGACCUCUCCCCAAAUGACUCUCCCCCGUCCCACUGUGCGAGUUAGGCCCCAGGACAGAGGUCAAAGGUCAGCCUAAGGACCCCCGGCAUAUCUCCCUGCCGGGCCUUUCCCCUAACCCGGUCUAUCCCUUAACUUGGUCUAUUCCCUAACCUGGUAUAUCCCCUAACCCCCUCACACACAUACACACACACAGCCCUCUACCGACUCUCUCCCUCCAGGCAGCCUGUUUUAGAACAAUUCUCUAUCCUCUCCACCCCCAGCUCAUCUCUCUCCUCUCCACCAGCAACUCAACCAGAUAUGGGAUGUUUUUACAUUUGUGUGUGUGUGUGUGUGUGUGUGUGUGUGUGUGUGUGUGUGUGUGUGUGUGUGUGUGUGUGUGUGUGUGUGUGUGUGUGUGUGUGUGUGUGUGUGUGUGUGUGUGUGUGCGCGCGCGCGCGAGUGAGCUUUAUUCCUACAUGUUUAUUUUAUCUGGGUGUUAUUGCAAUAAAGUUAUCUUGGUCAA